AUGGUCCAUACACGGGAGGACCUGGGUCAGUUGACUGCUGGCGACAUUUCAGGCACCAUGAGCUGUAUUCACACGGUGCAGGAGUUCUGCGACAGAUACGGAAAAUGGCUCCUACAGAGAGAGUCUGAGCUGAAGAGGAUGCGGGACAUCAGGGACAGAGCGGAGAAGAUCAAUCUCACAACUGACCACUUCCUAAAAUCAAAAACCAAGAUGAAGGCCUUCUGGGAGUAUGUGUGGAGCAAGGUGACCAAGGUAACUGCGAGGAAAAGGGCCCAGAAGCUGGAGAAGGAGCUGGGAUGCCUGCUCCAAGACACCUUGGAGGGGCUUGAGAAGCUGACCCAGUUCCUGCAGGCUGUGGAGAUGCUGGCGGUCACGUCGCUCUCCGUCUUCGAGGAGGAGAAUCCGGUGUGCCAGCUCCCUGAGGGGGUGAGCGCUGAUGCCGUUCGUUCAGUCAUCACCGCCGCCAGGGGAGCCUGUCCCCUUUUGAUCCAUUUCCAGAGAGACGACGGCAAAUUCUUUCGGCCCAGCCUGGUGAACGUGGACCUGCUGGCUUUCCAGCUGGACAAAUACUUGAGGCUUUCCCAGGAGUUGUGUGAGAAGCUCCAGAAAAGGGAGGAACCGGAUCAGCUGGCUGCUGGCUACAUUUCAGGCACCAUGAGCUGUAUUCACACGGUGCAGGAGUUCUGCGACAUACACUCAAAAUGGCUCCUACAGAGAGAGACAGAGCUGAAGAGGAUGCGAGACAUCAGGGACAGAGCAGUGAAGAUCAACCUCACAACUGACCACUACAAAAAAUCAAAAAACAAGCCGAAGGCCUUCAGGGAGUUUAUGUGGAGCAAGGUGACCAAGGUAACCGCGGGGAAAAGGGCCCAGAUGCUGGAGAAGGAGCUGGGAUGCCUGCUCCAAGACACCUUGAAGGGGCUUGAGAAGCUGACCCCGUUCCUGCAGGCUGUGGAGAUGCUGGCGGUCACGUCGCUCUCCGUCUUCGAGGAGGAGAAUCCGGUGUGCCAGCUCCCUGAGGGGGUGAGCGCUGAUGCCGUUCGUUCAGUCAUCACCGCCGCCAGGGGAGCCUGUCCCCUUUUGAUCCAUUUCAAGAGAGACGACGGUGAAUUCUUUCAGACCAGCCUGGUGAACGUGGACCUGCUGGCUUUCCAGCUGGACAAAUACUUGAGGGUUUCCCAGGAGCUGUGUGAGAAGCUCCAGAAAAGGACAAAGAAAGCCCCAUGCCCAAAUUUGACCAACGAAGCCAUUCAGAACAUGUAUGAACAUUUGACUGACCUGACGAGCAUCAGAUUAGACCGGCACUUCAGGAUGACCUACCUGUUCAGGGGAUCAGCCCAGGGGUUCAUCGGCCUGUUCAGCCACCGCUGCUCCAGGAUGCAGCAGUUCCUGGUGGCUCUGGAGGAAGAAGCAGUGCAGCUGGACAGGAUGAAGAUGAGGGCCAGCAUCUCCAGAGUGGCGGGCAACAGUGUAGGCUUUGUGGGAGGCAUUGUGUCCAUCGCGGGCCUGGCUCUGGUCCCUGUCACGGCGGGGGCAUCGCUGACCCUCACGAUGGUCAGCACGGGGUUGGUGGUCACCAGUGUCGUGAACAGCUUCGUUUCAGGUACCACCGAAUUAUUGGUCAACACUCACCACGGGAAAAAGAUCAAUAAAAUCUUCCAGAGCUACUUUGAAGAUGUGGAGACUAUGCUGGAGUGUCUGGAGCAAGCGGCCAGGUGCAUUAUUUGCAACAUGGUGCCAGAUGGGCUGGAUGUUCCGACAGUUGUUGAGAAGGCCACCAAAACCGCAUGUUCUGUGAGAGAAGGGAUAAAAACCAUUGUGGAUUGUGCUUCCGCCAAAAAGGUGCUCAGAGCCAAAGAGUUGGCCUCAACAUCAAAUGCUGCCCGAAACGUCCCCAACAGGGCGGCCGAUCUCACCGAUCUCGGGCAGUUGGCUAAGGGCACUCCCCUCGCCCUAAGCAAGUAUGCCAGGGUGGGGUCCAUCGCCUUAAACUCCUUCUUCAUCGGCAUGGACCUCUACUUAAUCUGCAAAGACAGCAUCAGCCUGGCCAAUGGGGACAAGAGCGAAGUGUCAAGGGUCAUCCGCGAGAAGGCCAGUCUGUGGAAGACCGAGCUGGAUGCAUGGGAGAAGAUCCUUCACUCUCUGUGCAUCGGGAGAUUGAGCUUUGAAAUGAGUGAGAAGGUCCUGCAGAGGCCAUUUUACACCUAG